UGGGGAGAGCAGGAAAUGGGACUCCUGUGGGGAGAGCAAGUGCUGGAAUUCCUGAAGGAGGUCAGGGAAUGGGCGUCCUGAGGGAGAGCAGGCAGUGAAUUCCCGAGUGAGGGCAGGGAAUGGAAUUCCCUUGGGAGAGCAGCUCCUGCUGUUCCAUUUGGAGCAUCCAGAGUCUUCUCCUGCCGCUGCUGCUUCCCGCUGUGCCAUCCCUGCUCCCUGUUUAUCCCAGGUAUUACCUGUUUGCCCUGGUGGUGAACCUGAGCCGGGACGCCUACGAGAUCCGGGUGCUGCUGGAGCGCGCGGAGGCGGCCGGGAAGCGCGGGAAGAGCCCGGAAAACCGGCCCCGGGCCGACGGCGGGAUCCAGCGGCUCCGGCUCCAGCUGCAGCUCCAGCUCCGGCUCCUGCUCCAGGUGCUCCGGGACAACCCCCCGCUGCUGCUGGACCUGCUCCGGAAUGCCUGCGACCUGGUGAUCCCGCUGGAAAAGCUGGGGCUGUGCCGGAGCAGCCCGGGAUUCGUGGGAUUGUGCGGCCUCACCUCCUCCGUGCUCUCCAUCCUCACCAUCCUCCACCCCUGGCUCAAGCUGAAGCCGUAGUUGUUAUCCCGGGAGCUUCCUCCUCGGGAUAAGCUGGGAAUCCUGGGGGUUGAUCCCAGCGGCUGGGACGCCUCUGGAGCCGACUGGCUCAUCCCGUUCCCGUCGUUCCUGACUCCUUGGAGCCACGAGGUGGAGGGAACCCGGCGUUGGAUCCCGCAGGGACCUCUGCUCCCAAAAUUUGUUUCGUCCCGUUGACUUUUCCAGCCGUUUUUUCCAGCCAGGGGAUGGGAGGAGAUGGAGGAAAUCUGGCAUCAGAUCCCACGGGGGCCUCAUCUCCUGAAAUUUGGUUCUUCCUGGCAACUUUUCCGGCUGUUUUAGAGGUUCUACAUCCCCCCCUUUUCCAAGGGGGAAUAUUUGGGGCUGGAAAACAUGGAUCCCUGGGGGCUCUUCUCACGGAUUUUGAGGGGGUGAAGCCACAGGAUUGGGAGCAUCCUGGUGCCAGCUGGUUUAUCCAACCCCUAUCUGGACAUAUUUCCUGCUUUUUAAGAAAUCCAAGGGCAGGGAGAGGGGAGCAGGAAGGACUUUGGAUGCACGUGGGCAUCAGGCAUAAAUCCAUGGAUUUUGGGGGUGAAAUCUGGGAUUUGCCCUCCUGCACCUUCCCUGCAAUCCCGAAGGGAAGAAGGGAACCUGAACGGGUUGUGCCAAGCUGGGGGGGUGUCAAUCCCAGCAUUCCCACAUUCCCAACAGAGAGGGAGCAUCCUGGGUGCUUCCCGGUGCUUCCCAGCUGCUGGAGAGGAGCCGAAUCCUGCGGAUCCCCCUCCCUCCCUCUGCCUGGACCCACCUCAGCUGCCCUUCCCUUCCCAGAUAUCCCGUUCCAGGGCGGUAUUUGGGAUAACGGGAGCGGGGCUGGGAUUCCCUGCUCCCAGCAGUCCUGGAUUCUCCCCUUUUCCCUGGAUUUUGUGACACCAGAUCACACUCCUGUGGCCCCGAGCCAGCUGUGAUGUCCUGUUACUGAACCACACUGGGAACUGGGAAUUAUUUAAUUCCAGAGGCGGGAUGUCCUUGGAUCCAUCCCUGGGAGAGCAGGAACAUCCUCUGGAAGGGUUUUUUGGGAGCUCUGUACCCAAACUCCACCUGCUCCUGGGCUUUUUUCCUGGGGAAAACCAGGGAUUGAAGGUCUCGGAGCCACGUUUAUCCCAGGGGGAGUUGGGAUGGGUGGGAUUCACUCCAGUGGAUCCCACAGUGUAAUUAAUGAACUAAUUAAAUUAUUAAAGCCUGGCAGC